AUGGAUUCAGAACGCCGGGAAGCCUUGAAGAACACUCGUACCAUCUUCCUUUCGGACAAACAGCCUCACUACGAGAACCUCAGCACCCUGCCUGAAUUGUGGUGGGUAUCCGUGAAGCUUACCACCGAGGACCGUCUCUUGGCCGAUGAAGAGUUGAUGGAUGUUGUGGCUGAGCGUUGCCAUGCUGGAGACUGCGAGGUCACCCACCAUGAUGCCUUGCAUCAUCAGCAAUCCCUUUAUAUCUCGUUCCCGGUUAUGAACCCUGACAAGGACCUUGCCCAGCAGGGCUGGAUUGUUAUGGUUAUAGGACUUGCUGAGCACUACCGGAUGGAGAUUGCUGCCGGACGCCUUUCUAUUGAUCGGAGUUAUGUUUUUGGGCCUAGGGAUUAG